GUCAAUUCCUUUCAACAAUUUCGAUAUUCUGAUCAUUGGGCUGCCUUGUGAAGACCUGUCCUCUAUUCACCAAGGUAGUGAAAUAGUUAAUACAUGCUGUCGUCACUUCACAGAGGAGGAGGCGGAUCCAUCCAGUAAAGGGAAGGCUCCAGCCUCUCACCCAGCAAGUGCGCACUUAGUCUGAACAUUAGAUUCUCGGUGUCUCGCCUCAGCUCCUUGGGGUCAGCAGGAUGUCCAUCACCAUGUCCAAGGCAGAGGGGGUCACAGUGGUCACUGUGGCAGCCGACCCAAACAGCAGUUUACCCCCAAUCUGCCAAAUUCUGAAGAACCUGUGCUACAGCCCUGUGUGCUGUUCUGUGUCUGAGAGCCUGAGGAGACUCCAGCGAGGUUCUCUGUCCGCACUGGGGGCUUUGCAGAUCCUGCUUGGUUUGCUCAACAUUGGUCUCGGAACCAUCUUGAUUUGCAGCGGUGGUGGCUCCUGGUGGCAGAUGGAUGCAACUGGAUUCCCCUAUUGGCUCGGAGGAUUGUUCAUUCUCUUUGGAAUCUUUUGCAUUCUGUCGGAGCGAUUCCCAAGUCCCUGCCUGGUCACCAUCACAGUGAUUCUGAAUCUGUGUGGAAUUGCUUUUGCGAUCACAGCCAUAGUUCUCUACAGCAUCAACAUCGCACACAUUAGAUUUUGGUGGUUGUGUCGUGAUCGUGACUACUGGGACGACAGGUCAGAAAAUGUGACACCAACUCCAGCCAGUCGGCAGAAGGAGAACUGUCUUCAGGCAAAGUCUAUGAUGAUUGCAGCUAUGCAGGGUAUCAACUCUUUGCUGAUCAUCCUGUCGGCUCUUCAGCUGUGUCUGUCCAUCAGCUCGUCUGUGCUGGGCAUCAAGGCUCUGAAGAAGAGACAGGAUCCAGUGGAAAAGGCUAAUCUUGAUCCAGAGAUUUACAGUCCACUUUUGAAGGGUGAGGAUGACGCCUCCUCUGAAGAGGAAAAGACGAGCUGCCCUUCUGCCUAUGCUGCUUUAUGAAUCACUAUUCAGGCUUCAGCCGUUCUCCCUCAUUUAUCCUAAAUCACCAUAAGACUUGUGGGAAAAUCAUUUUUAAACACUUCACGUCCACAUAACUUCUGAUUUUUUUCUUCUGCUUGUGGCUGUAAUGUGCCUUAUAACCAAUGUGUCUUGGCAGAAAAGAUCAUCUGCUUGGGAGCACUGCAACCUUGGCUCUCAUCACAACAGUGAUAUUCACACUUCUUUUAAAUGGCUUGUGUGGAAUAUAUAUUGUCUCUUUUAUGAAAGAUAAUAAACCUCUUUGAUUUUU